CUGGCAGCAGGACACGCCUCUGUACCGAAUGGAGCGCGCGCGGUGCGUAAAGUCCGACCUGCAGCGGAUCCGAACUUAUUUUGACCUCAUUUCAGUUUUUUUUAAUGAGAAGAGCUCAUCGACAUCGUUGAUUCGUGUUCCGUCGAGUAAAUGCAGCGAUGACGCGAGAGGAAGAUCUGAUUCGGAUUGCUAAAAAACUGGACAAGAUGGUGUCCCGAAAUAACACGGAGGGUGCCACGGACCUGCUGAGGGAACUGAAAAGUUUCAAUAUGACUCUCAAACUUCUCCAGGAAACAAGAAUCGGCAUGUCUGUGAAUGGCAUCCGGAAGCACUCCACAGACGAGGAAGUUAUUGCCUUGGCGAAGCUCCUCAUUAAGGAUUGGAAAAGACUUCGGGACUCUGAGAAGCCAGCUGACACAAACAACGGUUUGGAGUCCAACAAGAUGGCAGUGUCUCCAAACAGCUCCCCCUCUGAGACACAUGGCAGUCACAGAAGACUUGAUGUCAAACCAAAACACGACUCGGAUCCUGACAAGAAAACCGCCCACAUAAACACAAAAGAAAAACACGCAAAAGAUGACCCCGGUGAUGAAAAGCAUCCAGAGGAGCCCCAAAAUGAGAAACAUCCCCAAGAAAUCCGAAAAGAGAAGCAUUUAGAAGAACCUAAAAAACAAGGACACGCAGAGGAUAAUCCGCUGCUAAUGGAUAACAAGAAACAGAAGCAUAUGCGAGACCUGCAGAGUGAGAGACGCAAGCCAGAACCAAAGAGAGAAAGGUCGACGGGAGAACCAAAGAAGAGACGCAUGGAAAAAGUCAAAAAAGAAAAACACCCUGGGGAGCCCAAGGUGCACAGCUAUGCAGAUGACAUGAAGAAGGACAAACACAGAGAGGAAAACAGACAUUGGAGGCCGAUAAGCUCCCCACAAUGGGAGAGACCUCCGAGUGAACCCCAGAGAGAGAAACCCGCUGGUCACAAACCAAUAUUUGAAAGGAGGGGAGUGAUGGACGGCACUCUUCUUUAUCCCACCCGCUUCCCUUCUCCCCCUCGACCUGCUCGGCCUCCUCUCCCGAUCAAACGUCCCUCUGUAGACCUGAACAAAGACAGGAAGGACAGCAAGGACUCUUCCUCCCGACAUCCUCGUCCUCUUGCUCCUCAGCCCGCCUCUCUGCCGGCUAAGCGACCUUCACUGGAAGUAAAGAAAGAGAGGAAAGUUCCACCGGACCCAAAUGCUCCAAUUGCUCCUCUUCGUCUUCACCUUCAUCCUCCUCCACCCAGAAAAGAGCCUCCUGACCCAAACGCUCCUCUUCCUCCACUUCCUCUUCACCUUCACCCCCCACCUCCUCCCCUGAAGCGUCCCUCACUGGACGGGAAAAAGGAUAGCAGGAAGGAGUUGUCAGACUCUAAACCUCUUCCACAGAAGAAGACGUCAGAUCCCGUGAAGAGAGACAGGAAAGACUCAUCGGAUAGCAAAGUGCCUAAAAAACACUCCGACGAAGCCAAGAGUGGAAGGAAAGAUUCAUCUGACUCUAAACCGCCACUUCUCAAAAAGCCCAGUUUGGAUAUCAAAAAGGAAAAACACAGGAAGGAGUCCUGCGACUCCAAGGCUGGCCAGCCUGUGAAACGUCAAUCAACUGACUCCAAACCUGACAGACGGGAAUCCACUGAUUCAAAGAAAAGCAGCUCCCCACCAGCAAAGAAGCUAACAGUUGAAAGAAGAGAGUCUCAAGGCGCGAAGUCUCCUCAGCCUGGACCUCCACAGAGGAAGCCCUCUACUGACGCCAUUGAAAGGAAGAGCAAAACCGAUACCCCUAAAACUCCCACCACCCCGACCAGCCCCAUGUCACCCAGCUUCAGCUCUGCCGGGGGUCCACUGCCUCCUCACCUCGCCACCGGAGAUUCCGUCAGAGACAAGUGCAUCGACAUGCUGGCGGCCGCCCUGCGCACAGACAACGACUUCAAGGAUUUCAGAACCAACUGUGACAGCACGGCUGCAGAGAUUGAAGAUCAUAUCUACCAGGAGACGAAGGCAACAGAUAUGAAAUAUAAAAACAGAGUCCGCAGCCGCAUUAGCAACCUGAAGGACCCGAAGAACCCCGGGCUUCGCAGAAACGUCCUUGCAGGAAGCAUUGACUUACGCCGCAUUGCCACCAUGUCUGCUGAGGAGAUGGCCAGCGAUGAGCUGAAACAGCUGAGGAAUGUUCUCACGCAGGAGGCCAUAAGGGAGCACCAAAUGGCCAAAACCGGUGGCACCAGCACCGACCUGCUGCAGUGCGAAAAGUGCAGGAAGAGGAACUGCACUUACAAUCAGGUGCAGACACGCAGUGCUGAUGAGCCAAUGACCACAUUUGUUCUGUGCAAUGAAUGCGGUUACCGCUGGAAGUUCUGCUGAUGGCUUCCAGAUGAAACCACUUUUUUUUCCUGAGCAUUUCGAACUGCAUUAUUGUAUAUAAUGGGAGGGAGUUUUACAUUAUUGCAGCUAGUGGUUUUAACAGAUAAUGGUGUUCUAAUAAUUUUUACUUGAAUUUUUUUAGAUUUAUAAGCAUGUGCUAAUAAUCUGGGUUUGCUUUAUGUGGAAUUGAAGACUGAACAUCAGUUUGAUGACUGUUAACAAUAAUGAUCACGGUGCU